UAAUCCUUGAAGUAUUGUGUGCUUAUUUGACAGUCAUAGCUUUUUGUUUUUGCCGGAAUCGGUCCGUCAACGGUCCUUUCUGUUUCCGUGUCUGGGUAGAGAGUAGUGGUGUGAUUUCAGAGGAAGCUUUUAUUUUUCAAAAUGCAGGAUCCAAACGAAGACACCGAGUGGAAUGAUAUCCUGAGGAAGAAAGGCAUUCUUCCUCCCAAAGAGGUGUCCAAAGAUGAUGAAGAGGAGGAGCUGGCCCUCCAGCAGCUGUCUAUCGUUAAAACGUACGAGGGCAUGACACUGGAAAAUCUGGAGGAGAACGAAGAUGAGUUUGGUGACGAGGAUGAGGCCGCCAUUGAAAUGUACAGACAGAAGCGACUUGCUGAGUGGAAGGCGACUCAGGUGAAGAACGUGUUUGGGGAAAUGGUGGAAAUCUCAGGGCAGGACUACAUCAACGAGGUCAACAAGGCAGGAGACGACAUCUGGGUGGUGCUGCACCUCUACAAACAGGGCCUCCCUCUGUGCACUCUCAUCAACCAGCAUCUGAAUAUAUUGGCCAGGAAGUUCCCCCAGACCAAGUUCCUCAAGUCCAUCUCCACCACCUGCAUCCCCAACUACCCCGACCGCAACCUGCCCACCAUCUUCGUCUAUUUCGAGGGAGAGAUGAAGGCCCAGUUCAUUGGCCCGCUGGUCUUCGGGGGCAUGAACCUCAAAGUUGAAGAGCUGGAGUGGAGGUUAUCGGAAUCUGGGGCUGUGAAGACGGACCUGGAGGAAAACCCCAAGAAGCAAAUCGAAGACAAGUUGAUGUCAUCGAUCAGAAGUUCGCUUCCUACACGAAAGAACGAUGACUCUGAGGACGACGACUAAUAGAAACGUCCAUCGCUGCAGAUCAGAAACGCUGUGUUGGAAACACUCGGAGGACGUUUGAGCAGGGACGGAGAGGGGACAGCAUCUCCUUUAUCUGCAUAUACAUUUAAUAUUUUAACCAUGUGGGUGGCUGUUCUCAACUCAAUUCUGCUCAAGGGAACUCGGCUGGACCUGUGACCUUGGUCCUCAAGCACCCAGCCUCCUGUACAUUUCUGUGGGGGGGGGAACGGAACAACAAUCACUCUUUUGUAAUCUGAAUAAACAUCCGAUCAAUCAAUCUUUACAAAAGCAGCAAAGACAAAUUGUAACUUUUUUUUAUUACGUUUCUUGAUAAUUAUGUCAUAAAAUGUUUCUGUGCAUUUAAAUCUGUUGCAUUAAAUGUGAGUUCACCUCUUUGCCACAAUCA